CUCUCUGCUCCCGAUCUCUCUCUGUUUCCACGCCAACCGGAAGGCCGAGCCACCAGCCCCCUCGCAGCAAUGGGCAUGUGGGCCCUCAACCUGAAGGCCGGUGGGCCGUGCCUCACGCCGAGGCCCCAGCCGGCGACGUCUUCUCCCCUUGCCGCCGCCACCGGCGAGAUCGGCUCGCUGGCUGUGGGGCUGACGAGGUGGAGGCGGCAGCCGGCGCGGUGGCCGAGGCUGGUGGUGAGCGCGUCGGGGAGGAAGAGCAAGAGCAGCCGAGAGGACGGCGACGAGUCCAAGGAGAAGGCUUCCUCUUCUGGAAAAGGUGAUGCAUCUACUCCCAGUGGGGAUGCUUCCAACUGGACAAGCCAAAAUCAGGGUGAACCAAAAUCAAAUGACAUGAUGUUUAUACCUAGCAACUUGUCAUAUUGGCGAGAUGUGAGAGCGAGCUUUGUUAUUCCAAAGUUGGAACAAACAGUAGAUGCAAAUAGUCCACCACAGACAGCUAAGGAUGGACAAGUAUAUCAUCUUCCCCGGAAGUGGGCUCAUUCUAUUCCUAUGCCAGAGUCUGGAUGCGUGUUGGUCGCUACAGAAGAGCUUGAUGGCAAUGGUACCUUUGAGAGGACUGUCAUCCUUCUCCUAAGUCUGGGCUCAAGAGAUGCCUACGAUGGCCCGUUUGGUAUCAUCCUGAACCGUCCACUGUACACGAAGAUGAAACAUGUGAACCCAUCCUUCGGCGAGAGAGCAACCCCUUUUGGCGAUUGCUCUCUGCUGUUUGGAGGCCCUGUCGACAUGAGCCUGUUCCUGAUGAGGACUACCGAGGGAAAACCAAUCAAGGGGUUCGAAGAGGUGGUACCAGGCGUCUGCUUUGGUUUCAGGACUGACCUGGAGAAGGCUGGUGCUCUGAUGAAUAAUGGUGCGGUGAAGCCUGAAGACCUGAAGUUCUAUGUGGGGUAUUCUGCGUGGGAUCACGACCAGCUGCUGAGUGAGAUUGACGCAGGAUACUGGGUUGUCACUUCUUGCAGCUCAGGCUUGAUAACCGACGCCUUGACGAUGGACCCCUCCUGCUUGUGGACUGAGAUUCUGCAGCUGAUGGGGGACCAAUACUCGGAGCUGAGCCAAAAGCCGAAGCAAGAUGGGGCGUAAACUUUGCUCAUUCGCAGCGUAGUUUGCCACAACCUUUGUGGUCAAUUUGUACAUAAUCUUGAGUAAUUCCAGCUGGCUUCGUAGCCGGUGUGAUUGCUCUGCUCUACGUAAUUGCAUCAGUGGACUGUUUUGCUUUGUUUUACUUGGUAAAAGAACGGUUAGCAGUGGUACAUGAGCAUGUGUAGCUGAAAUUUCCUGUUUGUAUACCGCCUCUGAUGAAACUCGUGCUGUAGCCUGAAUGUACCUGAAGAAAUUUGCCAAUGGAUGUGUCUUAUCUA